UUACGGUGCAGAUUUGUCAAAUAGUCAGUGCAUGGCAUGGUUGACAGGAUAGCUAACGUUUCAGGCCGGGAACCAGGGUGGAUGUUUUUAUCAGUCUGUAACAGACAUUAAACUGUUAGAGUAAGGAUUGGUUCCGUCUCUUCUGGCCGUUCAAACAGUUGUCCUUACUCUCUGGGAGGAGAUUUUCACAUUUGUCAUUGCUCCGUUAGCCAAACUAGUUAACGUUGCUCCUUGAAAAUGGCGGAUGUACCAACAGAGAAGAGCUUAGACGAUUUCUUUGCCAAGCGGGAUAAAAAGAAGAAGAAAGAGAAAGGAAAGGGCAAGGAGACUACCGCGGGGCCCACGUCGACCGCGGUGAAAAAGACAAAAAAGGAGAAGGAUAAAUCAGCGAAAAACGAGAAUCAAGACGCUCAGAUUGAGAAGGAGGAUGAAGAAUGGAAAGAGUUUGAGCAGAAGGAAGUGGACUACAGCGGGCUUCGGCUCCAAGCAUUACAGAUAAGUGAUGAGAAAGAGGAAGAGGAGUAUGAGAAGGAGGAGGUCGGUGAGGAUGGAGAGAUCAUUCUGGUCAGUGGAGACAAAGUGUCAGGGCCCUGGAACAAGUCUGGGGCAACUCCUGCUCCUCCGGCUCCUGUUGAGGAUGUAGAGGUGCCUGAAGCAAAGCCUCCUGGUGUAUAUCGCCCUCCUGGUGCUCGACUGUCCACCACCAAACGAGGUCACAACCCGGGCCCUCCUGAAAUCUUCAGUGACGCACAAUUCCCUUCUCUCCUCGCCACUGCCAAGCAUGUGGAAACACGCAAGGACAGAGAAAUGGAGAAAACCUUUGAGGUUGUGAAACACAGGAACCGUGGCAGAGAGGAGUCCAGUGGUGGCUCAAUACAGCACUUGCAGCUGGACAACCAGUACGCCAUCCUGGGGGAUAAGUAAAGCCCUCCCCUCCGUCCCCUGGCCCCUCCAGCACGGUUUUGCCCAGCCCCUUGAAGGAAGCUGAACUCCAGCUAUGUGGACUGCAGUCCUAACAAAGCUCAUGCCGCCACCAUCAUCAUACUUGUUUCUUACACACACCACCUGACAUGCAUCUACAGAAAUAUACCCAGCAAUACCUGACUGCACAUACACUCCCUUUGAAUAGAUUCAUGACAGAAAUUACAUGCAUUUGGUUGGCAAAUGGUGGGACUGCACCUGAUGGGGCUCUUGAAACAGUGAAUAAUUGAAAAGGAAUUGGCGAAAUACAUCCAAACAUACACACAGCAACACUGCAGCAGCAACAAAUGACAACAUGGUUGUCCUUUGUGGAUUGUACUCAGAGCAGCAGUUGUGUGAUGCAACAUUUCUCUGGACUUCAACUUGCUUCGUCAAAGCCACAGAGGAUUGAAAAUGACUUUAGGCGAAACGAUUUUACAAACUUCUGUGAAAAUAUCUAUUUUUUUGCAAAAUCGUUAUAACCCAAUCGCACAUGGUAUUUUGGGGGUGUUUUUGAGUUGCGGUUGGGGCUUCGGGAGAGGGGAUACUACCUCAGCAGCAUAGCUGGUGGUGACCAUGUGGACUGAGCUUU